AUGAGUGCACUGGAAACGCCUCAGAAAGGUCAGGUAUCUGUUUCCGAACAGUCGCAUGUUUAUCCGGUUAAUCCAGAAAGUACAGAAAUUCAAGAAUCUAAGUUCAUCCAAAACAACAAAUAUCUUAAAAAUGAGCAUCAGUUCACAUAUUACAAUGUCCCAGGUGCAAAUUAUGCAGGGCCCUCGCAGCUGAAGAGAUAUCAGCUGGCUUUUGAGUCUGGAAUUGGCGAUGAAGUCGAUUUUUGCUUAAAUUCAUUGAUCGGUAACUCCUUCACACAUGGGAAAGAAAUUAAUCUCAAGAAAGAGUAUUCUUUUCUUACCGAGUACUUGAUUUAUUAUUUAAAUUGUCAGACAUUUAACCCAUGUGCAGAGAAUAAAGAUAUGGACAAAAGUUUGGGCUCCGCCCUCAUCCUACGAAACCUAGCUCAGGAUAUAGAUAACUCCCAAGUCAUCUCUAUGAACAUGCAAAUAAGAGAUGUGAUACUUUCUAUCCUCCAGAAUCCAAUAAUCCUUCAGGAUGAGUUUUCGGAUCCACAAUAUGAGCAGUGCAAGGAGCUUCUAAGAUAUACUAUGGAUAUAGUUGAGGCCAUAUCUUCUUACCUAGCCCCUGUUCCAGCGGAAGAUCCAUUGUUUAUGUCUUUAAUCUCGCUUUUGCGAACCGUGGAAGACAGAUCAACAAUCACAACUAUUUUCAGAUCCAUGAGCAGAAUGAUGUAUAACUCAAAGAAGGAAGGUGAUGCACCAGAUAGUAUCGAGGAUGAUGUUUUAGACACUGUUGUUUCCUUCUUAGCACUUUCGAUCGAUUCACAAAACGAUAGCGACGAGCUUAUUCUAACCUCAUUGGAUUUUCUAUAUCAAUUCAUCCAGCACAGCCGUGUGGACCGUUUGCUGUCUUCCUUUGAAAGAGCACAGGUGUUGGGCACAUUUUUGCCAAAAUUGCUUGUCUUCAAGUUAGAUUACAAAACAGAGCUUACACAGCCAUUACCGAUGCUACAACUUAUCCAAAGAGUACAUGAUCCUAUUCCGGAUAACCCCCCUGUGUUUCCUGAUGAGCUCAUUGCCUCACUCAACCAAUUGCCAGAACCAGACAGAGCUACUGCCUGGAUCAGAUGUGCGUUUGCUGCAGAUUUGGGCGGUGACGUCACGCAGAUCUCGUUAUGGAGAUGCUAUGAAACACAAUUUGCACCAUUUAUCGGUACCCAAAACUUGAAACUUCUGCCUGCCGUUGACUUCAUCAAAAAUGUCCAGCAUGCCUUCCCUAGAUCCUCGGCAAUGGUUAUCACUCUUGAUAACGGGACAAAGAAGUUUAUCAUUAAGGGAAUACGUCCAAGAGUGGCAGCUGUUGGUAUAGAGCAGGGGAAGAACGAUGCCCUUGUAUCUGGUGCAUCCAUCACUAGUCGUGGAAAUUGGGCGAAGUAUAGCAAGAUGAAAGAUUCCAUUCAAGAGCCUUACAAAUUGUUCCAGUACAACGCUAACAGUCACUUGCAGCUUAAUGAAAUUAACACCUCUGCUAGCCUUCUUUUGAAGCAGAUGGUUUGCAGUAAGAGUGGUCUAGAUCUUUUUACUGGGCGAAAGGAUGAUCUCAUCGACAAGCUUCUUCUGGUGCCCAACUUGCUUCCGUACAUUUACGACGUUUUGAAGCGGUUGCCCUACUGA